UGGGAGGCAGGCGAGCGCCCGGCCGGCCCUGGAGAAGGAGCCGCGGCACGGAGGAGGAGGAGGAGGAAGCGGAGGCGCCGGAGCCCGCUCGCCAUGCCGUACGCCAACCAGCCCACCGUGCGCAUCACGGAGCUGAGCGACGACAACGUCAAGUUCAUCAUCGAGAACACCGACCUGGCAGUCGCAAAUUCCAUCAGGAGGGUAUUCAUAGCAGAAGUUCCUAUCAUAGCUAUAGACUGGGUUCAGAUUGAUGCCAAUUCAUCAGUGCUGCACGAUGAGUUCAUCGCACACCGAUUAGGCCUGAUCCCUCUUACCAGCGAUGGAGUAGUUGAUAAACUACAAUAUUCCAGGGACUGCAACUGUGAUGAAUUUUGUCCCGAUUGUUCGGUGGAGUUCUCUCUCGAUGUCCGGUGUAAUGAAGACCAGACACGGCAUGUCACAUCUCGGGACCUGAUCUCCAACAACUCCCAAGUUAUACCGGUGACAUCCAGGAGAAGGGACAACGACCCCAAUGACUACGUUGAACCAGAUGACAUCCUGAUUGUCAAGUUACGGAAAGGCCAAGAACUAAGGCUCCGGGCCUAUGCCACGAAGGGUUUUGGCAAGGAGCAUGCCAAGUGGAACCCCACAGCGGGCGUGGCCUUUGAGUACGAUCCAGACAACGCCCUGCGUCAUACAGUCUACCCCAAGCCCGAGGAAUGGCCGAAGAGCGAAUAUUCUGAAAUUGAUGAAGAUGAAGCCCAGGCACCUUAUGAUCCCAACGGGAAGCCAGAAAGGUUUUACUACAACGUAGAAUCCUGCGGUUCUCUGCGUCCCGAGACCAUCGUUCUCUCCGCCUUAUCUGGAUUAAAGAAGAAGUUGAGCGAUCUCCAAACUCAGCUGAGUCAAGUGAUCCAGAACGAAGUGCUGACUAUCAACUGAUCCUACUGGGCCGCUUGAAAACAACCCUGAUUUCUGGGAAACGAUAAAAGGCAGCCGAGAUCACAGGAGGGCCCGAUUUGCUCAGCGGAAACUACUCUGCCUCCAAAUCCGAUACCCGUUGGUGCUUUUCUCUUGCUAACCCUUUGGGUCAAAACAGGCUUUCUUCCGAAUCGGCGUUUUUUUUUUCCAACCUGAAACCAUUUUUAAGAUAUUGGGACUUCAAAUCCCAGAAUUUCCUAGACUGUAACGCCAUGUUGGCUGAGGAAUGCUGGGAGUUGAACUGUAUCCAUCUUAAGAGUUGUUGAGAAACGCUCUUCUAAAUUGCAUUGAGCAUUCUCUAACAAAAUAUUGGCCUUAGGUCAGAGGUGCCCAACCUUGGCAAAUUUAAGGCUUGUGGACUUCCAACUCCCAAGAUACCUCAGCUAGCCGUGCUGGCUGAGGA